UGUAUGAGUGGCAAGCGGAAGAGGAGAGGCUGCGGUGGUAGUUUAGCCCAGUAGACAGAGCGAGCGAGAGAGAGCUCGGGAGGGAGAGCGCACGGACAGUGUUGCCGUUACUGUCAGCAAUGUAACAGUUCAGUCAUCAAUGGACAGAGUACACGUAGCCUACAGACAGUAGCCUAGCGUCUUCCAAUUUACUUUUAUUUCUGUUAUGAAACGGAGAGAAGUAGAAUUAAAUCCUGCUAUUAUACCUAGUUUCGUUUUCAUCGUUUAUUCCAAUUUGUCGCGUAAGAUUUGUUUAAUCUCAAACCUAAAUGGAGUUUUGGAGGCAGUGCGUAUUAUGGCUGAUCAACUGCAAGGUGCUUCCACCCGACCAUCGGGUAACAUGGGAGUCCGCCCAGUUAUUCGACCUGGCUCAGACACUCCGAGAUGGAGUGCUCCUGUGUCAACUUCUCAACAACCUCCGAGCCCAGUCCAUCAACCUCAAAGAGAUCAACCUCCGACCUCAGAUGUCACAGUUCCUGUGCUUGAAGAACAUCCGGACGUUCCUCGCCGCAUGCUGUGAGAUAUUUGGCAUGAAGAAGACUGAACUCUUUGAGGCCUUCGACUUGUUUGAUGUGCGGGACUUUGGAAAGGUUAUGGACACAUUGUCCAAACUGUCCAGCACAACGAUUUCAGAACAAACUGGUAUAAAGCCCUUUCCUUCAGAGGAGAGUCUAGAAGAAGAUGAAGACAUCUAUAGCCAUCUGGUGGAUCUGAUUGAUGAGAAAGCUGUGGAGGAUGAAGAGGAUCUGUAUGACUGUGUCUACGAUGAUGAAGAUGGUGGUGAGAUCUACGAAGAUCUGAUGAAGGCUGAGGCUGUUCCUCCUCCUCUGAAGCAGGUAGAGACUGACAUCAGGAGCUGCUGUCUGACAGAGAUCAAGCAGACUGAGGAGAAGUACACAGAGACUCUGGAUUCCAUAGAGAAGUAUUUUAUGGCACCUCUUACCACCUUCCUGUCCUCGGAGGAGAUGGAGAAGGUGUUUGUCAACAUUCCGGCUCUGGUUAAAGUUCACAAGACUCUGAAUGUGGCGAUACAAGACUCUGUCUGCCAUAGAAGUGCCCAGAACCUCUACCAGAUCUUCAUUAACUACAAAGAGAGGUUGCUAAUAUAUGGGAAAUACUGUAGCCAUGUAGAAACGGCCAUCAUUGCUUUGGAUGUCAUCUGCAAGGACAGGGAAGAUGUCCGAAUGAAGCUGGAGGAAUGUGCAAAGAGAGCCAACCAUGGCAAGUUCACACUGAGAGAUCUGCUGGUUGUCCCGAUGCAGCGGGUACUAAAGUAUCCCCUUCUUCUACAGGAAUUAGUGAAACACACUCACGACGCGGGUGACAAGAGCAAUUUGCGGAUGGCCCUGGAUGCCAUAAAGGACCUGGCCCAGUACAUCAAUGAAGUGAAGAGAGACAACGAAACCCUGAGAGACAUAGCCCAGUAUCAGAAAUCCAUUGAAAACCUUAAUCAGUCUCUUAGUGUGUAUGGCAGACCGAAAGGAGAUGGAGAGGUACGCUUCACCUCAGGCGACAAACGUGCCAAACAGGACCGGCACAUCUUCCUGUUCGAUGCUGCUGUGAUCCUCUGUAAGAGGAGAGGAGACAACUACGAGAUGAAGGAGGUGAUCACCCUGUAUCACUUCAAGAUCACUAACAACCCCACGUCAGACAAGGAGACCAGAAAGUGGUCCUAUGGGCUCUACCUAGCACACGACCAGGGGCAGAGCGGCUUCGAGUUCUUCUUCAAGACCAAGGAGCUGAGGAAGAAGUGGUUGGAGCAGUUUGGCAUGGCCAUAUCCAACAUCCGUCCGGAGAACGGCACCAGUAACUCCCACGAGUUCAAGAUGCACACCUUUGACAGAAUCACAUCCUGCAGCUACUGCCACAUGCUGCUAAGGGGCAUCUUUAACCAGGGGUACCUGUGCUCCAAGUGUGGUAUUGGAGCCCAUAAGGAAUGUCUGGGGAGGUUUGGUGGCUGUGGAAAAACAGAUCCGGGCGCCUUGAAAACACAGGAAAAACCCGUGCACGGACGGCGCUCAGAUCCAGGUCUACCUAAGAUGUUGGUUACCAGGAACUAUUUCGGCGUGCCCAGUCCCAUGUGUGGUCCGCCCCUCAACAUUCAGCAAGGUGACAUCAUCGAGCUCGUCUGUGCUGAUCUACACAGCACUUGGUGGCAGGGCAAAGUCGUGAAAACAAGAGAAGUUGGCUUCUUUCCAAGCAGUGCCGUGAAGCCGUGCCCAUGUGUCCCUAAACCCGUCGACUACUCCACACAACCCUGGUUUGCUGGGCCCAUGGAGAGACUGCAGGCUGAGGCAGAGCUGAUUAGCAGAGGCAACAGCACUUACCUGGUCCGCCACCGGAGCCGCGAGCUCACAGAGUACGCCAUCAGCAUCAAGUACAGCAACGACGUGAAGCACAUCAAGAUCCUGAACAGGGACGGCUGCUUUCACAUCGCAGAGAACAACAAGUUCGGGAGUAUAUUAGAACUGAUUGAGUACUAUCAACAUUACUCCCUGAGGGAAGGCUUCCGAAGCCUGGACACCACACUGCAGUUCCCCUACAGAGAGCAGGAGAGCCCCGCUGCUAUGCUCUGCACCAACAAACCUGGAGGAAACAUGUACACCCCUAAGGUGAUAGGUGUGGCGAAAGCCCGCUAUGACUUCAGCUCCAGGGACACCAGAGAGCUGUCUCUACAGGAGGGAGACGUGGUUAAGAUCUACACCAAGUCAGGAGCCAAUGGCUGGUGGAGGGGAGUGGUCAACGGCAGGGUGGGCUGGUUUCCAUCUACCUAUGUGGAGGAAGGAGAGGAAUGAGUCAUGGGGAAAACACAAAGAAUGAAAGAAGAGGAAAAGAGAGGAAGAGGAAAAUACAGAGAGACGGAGAGACCGACAGAGUGAACCGGUUGGCUGUUCGGCCUGAACUGGACAUUCUAUGGUUUAUCUGAUUGCUCACUGAGAACUUGACAUUCUAUGGUUGACCCUCCUAUUGGCUGUUGCCUCAAUUACGACCCAGAAUCCUCCUGGGAGAAUAGAGGGUUCCUAGAUGGAAUAGUGACUGGUUCUCUCUGGUCUGCCUCUUCAACAGACUUGGCUGUCAGCAUGGGAAGAACCUUUGCCAGAACCAAGAUCCCUACUUCCGUCCAUCCCUCUCUCCCUCACUUCCACCUCUCUCCCCUAACUCAGCUACAGCAGGUUGUGUCUUAAAUGCUGCACAUCCGUUCAUCCAUCCAUCCAUCUGCACCACUCAGGAUAUAGCUAAGACGGUCUAAAGGGAAAGAGACAAGAGAGAGCGAGAGAAGAGACUGAGAGAGAAGGCAGGGAUUUGCCACACCGCAGGGCUUCGUCUGUCCUGACCUUGCCUGUGUUGCUCUGUUCCACUUACCUUGGUGAUUAUUGAUGACUUGAUGCAGUGGCAUCCCCAUACACACACACACACACACACACACACACACACACACACACACACACACACACACACACACACACACACACACACACACACACACACACACACACACACACACACACACACACACGGCUGGAAACGCUGUCAUGAAACACCUCCCAAACCACUCCUCACAGAUUACAAUAACUGAACACAACACACAUUCUCCCCUACAAACCUCACUGUGUUGUGUUGUCUUUGCUAUUAGCCUCCCCAUGUUCUCAACUCUCCAGCUGUUCAGCAGGCUGGGUACGGGGCUGUCGCUGGGUGUUGAUUUGAUAGGGGUCUGGCUGGUUUCUGAGGGAACAAGCUAGUGAUGCCAUGCUACCCUACGACUCUCUCUCUCAAUUCAGUUCAAUUCAAUUCAAGGGGCUUUACGGACAUGGGACACACAUGUUAACAUUGCCAAAGCAAGUGAGCUAGAUAAUAUACAAAAGUGAAAUAAACAAUAAACAGUAAACAUUACACUCACAGAAGUUCCAAAAGAAUAAAGAUAUUGCACAUGUCAUAUUAUGUCUAUUUACCUGUAUAAUAUCUCUCUCUCUGCUCUCUUUCUCCUCAUGAAAUCAAAUCAAACCAAAUGUUUUUGUCACAUGCGCCGAAUACAUGUGUCGACCUGACCGUGAAAUGCUUACUUUACAAGCCCUUAACCAACAAUGCAUUUCAAGAAAUAGAGUUAACCUGUUGAAACUCCCCAUCCCGGAUCCGGGAUCGUGACUAAAGCCUCAGGCUCAUUAGCAUAACGCAACGUUAAUGAUUUCUGAAAAUCGCAAAUAAAAUGAAAAUAAUGCGCCUGCUCUCAAGCUUAGCCUUUUCUUAACAACACUGUCAUCUCAGAUUUUCCAAAUAUGCUUUUGAACCAUAGCAAUUGACUAAUUUGUGUAAGAGUAUGCUAAGUUAGCUUAGCAUUUUGAGUAGCAUUUAGCACGCAACAUUUUCACAAAAACCAGAUAACCAAAUAAAUAAAAUCAUUUACCUUUGAAAAGCUUCGGAUGUUUUCAAUGAGGAGACUCUCAGUUACAUACCAAAUGCGCAGUUUUUCCUGAAAGCGUCUGUGUGUAGGAGAAAUCGUUCCGUUUUGUACAUCACAUUUGGCUACCGAAACGAACCGAAAAUUCAGUCACCUACAACGUCAAACUUUUUCCGAAUUAACUCCAUAAUAUCGACCGAAACAUGGCACACGUUGUUUGGAAUCAAUCCUCAAGGUGUUUUUUCACAUAUCUCUUCAUUGAUAUAUCGUUUGUGGAAGCCUGCAUUCUCCUCUGAAUUCUGUGGAAAAAUACUUGCAGCUGACUUUUGCGCACCAAUUUCGGCGCAGGACACCGGGCGGACACCUGGUGAAUGUGGUCUCUUAUGGUCAAUCUUCCAAUGAUAUGUGUACAAAUACGUCACAAUGCUGCAGACACCUUGGGGAAACGACAGAAAGGGCAGACUUACUCCUCUCGCAUUCACAGCCAUAUAAGGAGACAGUGGAAAACAGAGCCUCAAAAAUCCUGCUCAUUUCCUGGAUGCCGUCUCAUCUUGGUUUUGCCUGAAGCUCACGUUCUAGGGCACGCACAGAAAAUAUCUUUGCAGUUCUGGACACGUCAGUGUUUUCUUUCGAAAGCUAUCAAUAAUAUGCAUAGUCGAGCAUCUUUUUGUGACAAAAUAUCUUGUUUAAAACAGGAACGUUUUUCAUCCAAAAAUGAAAUUGCGCCCCUAGAGUUUCAACAGGUUAAGAGAAUAUUUACUAAAUAAACUAAAGUUAACAAAACAGGGAAUGUAUUGACGCCUCUUGCCUCAGUGCCUUAGACCGAACUCCGGAGCACCCCGGAUGGCAGGAAGCUUGGCCCCAGAGAUGAACUGGGCUGUACGGACUACCCUCAGUAGCGCCUUGCCUUCAGCUGCUAGGCAGUUGCCAUACCAGGCGGUGAUGCAACCGGUCAGGAUGCACUCGAUGGUGCAGUUGUAGAACUUUUUGAGGAUCUGGGGACCCAUGCCAAAUCUUUUCAGUCUCUUGAGGGGGAAAAAGCAUUGUGAUGUCCUCUUCACGGCGUUGUUACCGUGGUAGUUUGUUGGUGAUGUGGACAUCAAGGAACUUGAAACUCUCGACCCGCUCCACUUAAGCCCCAUGAUGGUGUUGGAGUCGUGCUUGGCCAUGCAGUCGUGGGUGAACAGGGAGUACGUGGCAGAUGUGUUGUUGCCUACCCUCACCACCUGGAGGCGACCCAUCAGGAAGUCCAGGAUCCAUUUGCAGAGGGAGAUGUUUAGUCCCAGGAUCUUUAGUUUUAGUGAUGAGCUUUGAGGACACUCUCUUUCUCCGUAUUUCACUCUCUCUUUAUCUCUCUCACUCUCUUUCUAUACCCCUCUCCCCCUCCUCUCUCUUUCUGUACCUCUCCCCCUCCUCUCUCUUUCUAUACCCCUCCUCCCCUCUCCCCCUCCUCUCUCUUUCUGUACCUCUCCCCCUCCUCUCUCUUUCUAUACCCCUCCUCCCCUCUCCCCCUCCUCUCUCUUUCUGUACCUCUCCCCCUCCUCUCUCUCUCUAUAUCCCUCCUCCCCUCUCCCCCUCCUCUCUCUUUCUGUACCCCUCCUCCCCUCUCCCCCUCCCCUCUCCCCUGAAGAGAGUUUCCAGUAGACAUUCCAAGCAGUGCCUUCUUUCCUUGUUAAUCCUCUAAUGAGAGGGAUUUAGCAAGAUAAUAAUAACUUGACAGACGCUCAAAUACCCACUCAGACAGGCAGUAUAAUAUCUCACGCUGUAGUUACCACAGACAAGAAUGGUAUUAAUGUGAGAAGAAUGGGAUUAAUGUCAGGAGAAUGGGAUUAAUGUGAGAAGAAUGGGAUUAAUGUCAGGAGAAUGGGAUUAAUGUCAGGAGAAUGGGAUUAAUGUCAGGAGAAUGGGAUUAAUGUUAGGAGAAUGGGAUUAAUGUUAGAAGAAUGGGAUUAAUGUUAGAAGAAUGGGAUUAAUGUCAGGAGAAUGGGAUUAAUGUCAGAAGAAUGGGAUUAAUGUCAGGAGAAUGGGAUUAAUGUUAGGAGAAUGGGAUUAAUGUCAGGAGAAUGGGAUUCAUGUGAGAAGAAUGGGAUUAAUGUGAGAAGAAUGGGAUUCAUGUGAGAAGAAUGGGAUUAAUGUGAGAAGAAUGGAUUAAUCUUCGGAGAAUGGGCUUAAUGUUAGGAGAAUGGGAUUAAUGUUAGGAGAAUGGGAUUAAUGUUAGGAGAAUGGGAUUAAUGUGAGAAGAAUGGAUUAAUCUUCGGAGAAUGGGAUUAAUGUUAGGAGAAUGGGAUUAAUGUUAGGAGAAUGGGAUUAAUGUGAGAAGAAUGGAUUAAUCUUCGGAGAAUGGGUUUAAUGUUAGGAGAAUGGGAUUAAUGUUAGGAGAAUGGGAUUAAUGUUAGGAGAAUGGGAUUAAUGUGAGAAGAAUGGAUUAAUCUUCGGAGAAUGGGAUUAAUGUUAGGAGAAUGGGAUUAAUGUUAGGAGAAUGGGAUUAAUGUUAGGAGAAUGGGAUUAAUGUUAGGAGAAUGGGAUUAAUGUUAGGAGAAUGGGAUUAAUGUUAGGAGAAUGGGAUUAAUGUUAGGAGAAUGGGAUUAAUGUUAGGAGAAUGGGAUUAAUGUUAGGAGAAUGGGAUUAAUGUUAGGAGAAUGGGAUUAAAGUUAGGAGAAUGGGAUUAAUGUUAGGAGAAUGGGAUUAAUGUUAGGAGAAUGGGAUUAAUGUUAGGAGAAUGGGAUUAAUGUGAGAAGAAUGGGAUUAAUGUGAGGAGAAUGCACUGUCACAAGGACCUGUUUCGCCAUGUCUGAAUCCCCCUGACCUUGACUGACAGGUGUAUCAACGUCUCAAUGUGUUGAUGAGAGUUCUGUACGGUGGUUGUUGAAGUGGUGACUUUUGGGAGGUGGUUUACCACUGGGAGGAGAACGGCUGGCAAGACACACACACACACACACACACACACACACACACACACACACACACACACACACACACACACACACACACACACACACACACACACACACACACCCACCCAUAGAUGCUCCAUAAUAUAAUAUGACAUGAUUACAAAGUACAUACGUGAUGUAUAUAUUGUUAUAAAUAUUAUAUUGGGGAACAAAACAUAUUAAAUUAUGAGGGUAUAUAACUAUAAUGAAGAGGUAUCCCCUGUCCCGUGGGUCAUAUUCAUUAGGCACUAAACAGAAAAAGAAAAAGGAAAAAAAAAAUCUGAACUGAAACAGGAUGGAACUACCCGACGACCUUUCGGUUUCUUCAGUUGCAUAACGUUUUGCUGUGGUGUGCACUCCUGCUGUCUUCCCGUGGUUCUUCUGUGUGUUGAUGCUGGUCAUUGUGACACACAAUGCAUUAUGAUGUGACUCUGGUCCUUGGAAUGCUGGGAAAUGCUUUUUUUUUUUUUUACUACACUGUACGUCUCAAGGGAAAGUAGGGUUUGGACUGUAACAAGGAAUCAGUGGAGUGAGAGACUUUAAAGCGUUAUCCUCUGUGCUGAUCUGAACGGUUUCCCACCCCAAUGGCAUCAUCAGGCUUUUAUUAGGCAGCUCAUAUUCCAGCAUUACUAAUGUUUUUUCUUUGUUGAUGUGCAAGUCAUCUGGAUAAUGUCUUGAUGUGAUGAAAUGUGUCAAAGAAGAGAUGUGUUCUACUAUACAUGUUUAUUUUGGAAUUAUACUCACAGAAUAUAA